AAUAAGUAACUGUCUCUGCGCUGCAAAGCAUGCUGGGAAAGUGAGCCGAGGCGUGUGUUUGCGGUCACAGAGAGAGAAGCGAGGAGCAGGAAGAGAGCGCUUCUGUCAACAUGUUCCGUCCCGAGACCAACAACACCGGGCCGCACAGCCGGAGGCCCGACAACUCGGCCUUCAAGCAGCAGCGGCUGCCCGCCUGGUCCCCCAUGCUGACCCCCCACACCGUGCUGCCCUUCUUCUACUGCACCGCCGCCAUCUGCCUGGUGCUGGGGGUCGGGCUGUGGCUGACGGUGAAGAGCACUCAGGAGCUGAAGCUGGACUACACGACAGACGGGACGUGCAACCUGUGUUUCAUCAAGCGGCAGAACGCGAGCGAGGCGGCGGUGAAAUGCAGCUGCACGAUGGUCUUCACCAUCGACAAGCUCUUCAAGGGCGACGUCUUCUUCUACUACGGCCUCCGAAACUUCCACCAGAACCUGCGGCGCUACAUGGACUCCAGGGACGACACACAGAUGGUGGGCAGGCCCAAGCAACUGAAGAACCCGAGUCAGUACUGCAAGCCGUUUCGCAAAGACCCCAAAGGGAUCCCUAUCGCCCCCUGUGGCGCUGUAGCCAACAGCCUCUUCAACGACUCCUUCAGGUUCUACUACCAUGGCUUGAGGGGCCAGCGGACGCCUGUCCCUCUGCUCCGGAGGGGCAUCGCCUGGUACACCGACAAGAACGUCAAGUUCCGGAACCCUCCACUAGGGAACUCCACCCUGGCUCUAGCUUUCAACGGCACCGCCAAACCGCUGUACUGGCAGAGACCAGUCUACGAGCUCAACAUGAACAACCCCAACGACAACGGCUUCAUCAACGAGGACUUCAUCGUGUGGAUGAGAGAAGCUGCUUUCCCCAACUUUAAGAAGCUCUACGGCUUCUUGAACCGAGGCACAGCUCCGUUCACCAAAGGGCUUCCGGCCGGGAAAUACAGCGUGGACAUCGACUACAACUUCCCCCCGCAGCACUUCAAGGGGAAAAAGCUGGUGGUUCUGACCACGCUGUCCUGGUUCGGGGGCCAGAACCACUUCCUGCCGGUGCUCUACCUGGUCACCAGCUGCCUGCUGCUGGCCUUGGCCGUGGUCCUCACCGUGGUCUGGUGGAAGUUCGGGAGGAACGGGAAGAACUUGAAGGAAUAAGUGGCCGGCGUCGGGACGUGGCGCCUCCAGAACCGAACCAGAUCAAGCAGUGUUAAGCCGGGUGAGAUUAGAACGGGUCGGCGUGCUGGGAACACACUUCCCAUACGGAGGGCGUUGAAUUUCAGAAGUGGUUUGCGUCAUACAGUAAAUAAUGUUUACUACAAUCAUCUGAGACAGUUCCUUUGCCUGUCGUGUAACUUACUAAAUAAUUUGAGAACAGCCUGGGAUCAUUUCCAAAAUGAUUUCACUGCAAGUGGCAUUUUUGACUGCGCAGGGCAGCGCUAUAUGAAACACACAGGAAAAGGUGGCGGCCGCGAAAAUCGUCCCCUGGCCCUCAGUUGGCCCACGGGCCGUGACUUUGACCCACUGGAGCUCAGAGCCCCUCGGUCAUACUUUGGAUCAGGGAACAUUUAUUCAACAUUAUUAAGAUCAUGACCGGCUUAUUAGCUGCUAAUAAUCCUCAGUUGUUCAGAGCGAACCUCCAGUGUCCCGGGCUGAGGACAGUCAGGCUGCACAUCACUACUGUGCUACGUGUCACCUCAGGCUAAUAUGUUGCUAAUACACAUGAGAAUAAGAGGCUUGUUUACGGUGAUACAUGUUCCCUGAUCUCAAGUGUUAGCAGCCCCUCAGAUCAACACCGGCAGGACGACGCGCGCCAACUUCAAAGUUUCACUCAUUCAUAGCUUUGCUAGCUCCUGCUAACUGCUAAUGUACGGAAGCAAAUCUGUGCCACCAGAACGAUUUUUUUUACCUGAUUUGACUUUUGAUUUUUUUUUAUUCUUCAUUUUGAUCGACAUAUCAGUGAAAAAAACUCUUCUGAAGGAGUCGUCUUUCGAGAUUGCGAUCGAUUGAUAGUUGUUUUUUUCACUAUUUUUUACACUGUCUAUUGAAAAAUGUUUCUAUUUCCCUCAUUGAACAUUUCAAAAUUCAAAUGAGAAACUGUGAACACAACAGCUUUGAUUCCACGUGGCUGCUGUGUCAGCCUUUUUUUGCACUUGAAAUAAUACAGUUCUAUAUGUUGUAAACAGCACUGAGUUCCAGAGCAGUUUUUAGCACUUGAAUGUUGAAGAGGGGUUUUUGACUGGAAAGAAAUACUCCUGUCAGGUGGCUGGUACUUUGUAAAUACCUCUCCAAGUUUUCUUCAAGUUUAAAGUAGAAAGAACCACUUUACAAAUGACCACUGUUUGUCGUCCUUUCCAGUGUCACAUGAUCGCCCACCUUCUCGACUCUGGUUUCCUCCCAUACUCACUAUCCUGAAGUGUUUCUCCCCAUGCAAUUGAGGGUCUCCCCUGGAACCUCCGCUUUCCUCCCCCAGUCCAAAACCAUUCAGAGCGUCACUGACGACUCUCAAUUGUGUGCGUCGCGUCUCGCCCUACGUAGCUGGGACAGUUCCGAUGUCGACUCAUCAGUGAAGGGUUCAUGAAACAGAGUCCUGAUUUCCUGAGGCCACCAGAUGGCGCUGUGCUGUGUGAGGCUGGGACUUGAACAAGACUUUCAAGGAAACCUCACAUCAUUUCUAAACCCAGCGCGCCACCUAGUGGCCUCUGAAAAUGAGGACACUGCUUCAUGACACCUCUUUCACCCAUCGCUAUUAACCGCCCCACAUUUGUGUAUUUACAACAGCACCACAAUCGUCUGUAGAAAAAAAACUCUUUAUUCACUGUAGGUCGCCCACAAUACGGCGACGGCGACUCCCACCACAGUUUGGUCAAGUCACCUUCUACAGAAGAGGAAUGCAGUCGACUCUGGACUUGAACUGAUGCUACAGACGACAAACAUGCCCACCACUACACACCAGAACCACAGACGAGUACAAGGACACACAAGAGUGGAAGGAAGGUUGUCACCACUUCGGUACCUUCGAAUGAAGACGUGAACGUCUGGCGAAGCCACUGAAUUAUAAAAUGAUAAAUUCACAUUUGAAAAGGAGCCACGUGAGAAUGAGAGCCAAGUGUAAUAAACGGAAGAUUUAGAUGGAGAGAAAUGACAAAAAUGGAUCGACAAUGAGCGAAUUCAUUAUUCUGCUCUGUCCCAGCUACCCGGGGUGAGAGGCAGGGGACAGUCCCUCACAGAACACGACUUUGUGUUAGUGGGAUGCGGGAGGAAACUGGAGUUGUGAGUGAAAAAAAAUCAACUUAACUCAGCGCAGAAGUGUGUCGAUUUGUCAUCAAUGCAGAAGUACACAUUAAAAGUGGAAAAAAAAAUCUGUUGAAAAAAAGAUUUAUUCCACAUGAUUAAAAACGUGGCUCAUUAAAAUGAGACUGGACUUGGUUCAGUGGGACACGUGUGGUCUGUGACGCACCAGGACUUGUGGGAGGGGCGAGGGCGCCAUGUCUCCAUCAGCAGGAUGUGAAGUCACAAAUAAAUAUUCCAAAGGUUUUGGAGUCGGUGGACGAGGAAAAGCUUCAAGUUUAAGACGAAAGCGUACCGCGGCCAAGAGGAACUCGUGGCGAGUUGGACUGGAGGCGUGUGGCCACCGACUCGGGAAGAAAAUCACAGCUUGGCAGGGAGAAUCACAGAACAGGGAGCCCAAGUCUCUCCGACAGUAGUCGCUCCGAUUGUCCGACACAAACAUUCAUGUGGAUUCAGUGAUUGGACUGUAAUGGCACCUCCCCCGGCGGCCAGGGGUGAAAGGUCAGCUCAGCUCGCCGUCUUCUGACACUGAGGGACCUGGUAGGUCUGAUCCUCGGCGGCCGGCCCGGGGGCCACCUUGGGCGUGUCGUAGGCCGACGCGCCGGACUGAGCGCCGCCGUCUGUCCGUGCCAGCAGAGCGGAGGGGUGGCAGUUCAUGUCCACCACGAUGGGCGUGGCGUACUCGGCUCCCGACGCCGGCAGCGGCUCCGCGUAGGCGUGAUACACGUCCGGGGAGAUGGGGGCGUCGUACAGGUCCGGGUCCGUGUACCCCGGGUCGGGCCCUUCGUCCGGUUUGAAGGUGGAGCGCGCGCCGAGUGUCGUCACGCCGCUGACCAGCGGCUGGGCGUAUUCUGAAACAGGGCAGGUUUGUGGCCGCUCGCUCUCACCGGGACACGGAGCCGCCUCACUCACCUGCGGGUUCGGCGUGCAGCCGUGGGACGGCGCCUCUCGCCGCCAGCCGGCCGACCUCGCUGCUGCUGUAGCGGACCGAAUCCUCCGUCUCCACCAUCUUGGAUGGCAGCAGCUGCUUCAUGCUCUUCCACCAGUCUGAAGCAAACGGGGUUGGAGUUGGAGUUGGAGUUAGAGUGAGGGUGAGGGUGCGGACCUACCUGUGCGAUCCCAGUGGGGCAGAUCGUACGUCCCUUCAGAGCUCUUCUUCCUGCACGGAGGACGGAGCAUUAACCGCGUUGUUACGCAGCAACCAAGUCUACCGUGGCACCGUACCUGCUCCUCCAGUGCCAGGCGCCCACCAUAACCAAGAUGGCCGCCGUCAGAACCAUGGCCAGCACCGGCACCAGAACGGCCGCGAGCGCAACAUCUGGAAUCAGAAACGCAACAGUUACUAUACGUUUAUCUGUAGAUAAAACGCUGCGGAGAGUCUCGGGACCGUUGCUGGUCUGCGGCGGCAUGGUGGUGUUUCUGAUGUCCGGCGUGUGCGUGGUCUGCCUGGGUCUGGGAGGCUGCUUGCUGGGUCGGGGGCCGUGAGGCGGCGGGUGCAUCCUGGGCUCCGGCAGCCAGCCCACUGGAAAACACAGUGGGAAACCACAGACUCGCAAACGUCCCAUAACGCACGGCAACAGCUUCACUCUCACCCGAAUGAAUCUGACAUCCCAGCAGCUCCAGCUUGAUGGCGAUCCUCUGGUGCCACAGAGUGGGACUGACCCGGAUGUACCGGGCCUGGAUGGGGGGGAUGAAGUUAUUCCUCACCUGGUCCAGGUAGUUCCUGUUGCCCUGAAAGACCUGGAGGGAAAGAUCAGACCCCGGAGUCCCGGAGGUGAGUCUCUGCGCUCCAUCAAUUAUUAAAGCCCUGCAGAGUCUGGCGCGGCACUCAUCCCACCACUUCCUGUCAUAAACAUCCCUCAGUCGAUACCGGUUACCACGGCGACCACUUCAGUCCACGGCCCUGCAGCUAUCGAGUGUGGCUUCUGUCUGUUAUUGAUCUGGAGCUGUUACCAUGUCGUGGGUGGAGUUGGCUUCCUUGUAGGUGAGCCACUGCUGGCCGUCCCUGCUGUGAAGAACCCGGUACGCCGACACGUAGUAGGGGAACUCUCUCAUGAUGGAGCCGCUGGUGGUGAUGCCUGGAUGGAUGGAUGGACACGGUUCGGCAUGAGACUCCCACCACCGGUUUGGUUGAGUUGAGCUCGGUACCUGUGACCCUCUUCUCUCUCUUCAGGUCCACCUGCAGCCACUGGUGCUGGUCGCUCUGAGCCGGCGACCAGGGGAGCCCCUCUCUUUCCAGCCGCGCCCCCGACGGCGACCAGGCGCUCUGCCGACCGCCGACGUUCCACUCCCACACGGAGGAAGCCGAAAGCUGCGUGUCGGCCACCACACCAGACUCCAGCCCCAGCUUGCCGUAGCAGCCUGCGGACACCAGCCAAUCCUCCAUGAGACCGAGGCGCGACAUCACAGAACAGAGACUUGAGGCCCACCGUUGGUCUUGAAGGUGAAGAGGCUGUUGGACAGAGUCCCUCUGAGGAAGGAGACGGAGGCCUGGUUAGCGACGGCAUCACUACGAGCGUGGCGAUCCAGUCCUACCCAGUGGAAGUGACGUUGUUGGCCAGUGUGCCCGAGUAGCUGUCGAUGCCUUUGCUGGUGACCACGCUGAUCCUCCCCCCCACAGCGUUGGACACCACUCCGGCGUGGACGGCCGCCACACACAGCGGGGACGACUGCGGGACGAGACCAGAGGCGUUAUACAGCGGCAGGCUUUUAGCUAGGAGCGCGUCCGGGCGUCUGCAAAACACGAAAAAAUGGAUGCCUGAUUCUUGACCGUAGCUUGGCCGACACAUUACGCUAGUAUACGGCGGCAUCUGGCGGCCAAGCUACGGUCGAGAAUCAGGCAUCCAUUUUUUCAUGCCCCCCUAGCUAAAAGCCCGCACGGCAGCCAUGUUCCACGACACGUAAAGAUGAUGACUCAGCACGCCAUCACCAGCCGCGGCCCGGCUCAGGUGGUGAUUCACCACCAGCUGCAGACAUCAGUGGGAACGGGACCCUCCCUGGCUUAACAACCGGCGGCGUGUGGCGCAGUUCUCUUCCUGGAAAAACCCGCAGUGGAAUCCACAGCUGACCAGCGGAGUUUCCCCCACACUCACACAAAACGUCCGCAGCCCGUCACAUCCGACGAGCUGAGACCCAGAACCUCCUCCACGAGUGCAGCCACCAAUAAAGUUCUGGUGGGUUUUUUUCCCCCUCAGUUUCAUGCUUGGUGAAGGCACUUUUACAGUUCGUUCAUCUAACAUUCCUGUCAGUUUUUACCCUAAAAUGUAUAGUACAACGUGAGAAUGUGAACCUGAAAUUGUGCCAAAAGUAAAAAUGAUAAUGAAUGAAGACACUUUUAAUACAAAAUGAAACAGUGAGAGUAAGAUUUAAUAUAAGAGAAACGGUGUAAGUGAAUUGUUAAUACUACAAUUUAAAACGGUGGGAAAACUGACGUCAAAUUAUAUUGGACUGAAAAAUAUUUCAUAAAAAAUGAUUUAUUGAAAAUGCAAAAAAAAACAACACUUCUGUCACAUAACUGCUAAUGAAAUAAAUAAAUACAUCUUCUAAAAAUUUUGGAGCACAUAUGUAUAUUUUCAUAAAGUAUUUAGAAGACAUGGGGAAUAAAUCAUUAAACUUAAAUAAAAAUUUAAAAAAAUUAUAAAGAC